UUGUAAAAUUGGCGCAAUUUGAAUAUUAAUUCGUAGCACCAGAUUGUUAAAAUCGAAUUAUAAUGCCUAUAAUUGUAAAAACUGUGAAAAACGUUGUUCAACACUUCCGGUUAUUUGUGUCCAGUGCAUUGUGUGUUUUGUUUGCGAAAAGGUUGGUGGUGAAAUUAAUAGUUGUUCACAAAUAAAUUAUAAUGGGACCGCCAAAAAAACCAAAAAGAGAAAAAUUCGGGGGAGAUAAAACUGGAAAAAAACGACGCCCUGAAGAUGAGGCCUACAGUCAAAUGGUAGAUGAACCUAUGGAUUGUAGUGAAACUGAUGGUAUACCUGGUGCUGCGACUAAAAAUGCAGAAACUAAUGAUGAAGGCAUUAUGACUGAUGAGUUUGGAGCAAAAGAUUACCGCUCAUUAAUGGAAUUGAAAACAGAUCAUACAAAUCGUCCGAUAUGGGUAGCACCUAAUGGCCAUGUGUUUUUAGAAUCAUUCUCACCAGUUUAUAAACACGCUCAUGAUUUUCUUAUUGCAAUAGCAGAACCAAUUUGUCGUCCUGAGCACAUACAUGAGUAUAAAUUAACUGCGUACAGUUUAUAUGCUGCAGUUUCAGUAGGUUUGCAAACCAAUGAUAUAAUUGAGUAUUUGAAACGUCUAAGUAAAACCACAGUACCUGACGGUAUUGUGGAAUUUAUAAAACUUUGUACACUUUCUUAUGGAAAAGUGAAAUUAGUUCUUAAGCACAAUAAAUACUUUAUUGAGUCACCACAUCCAGAAAUUUUACAAAAGUUACUUAAAGAUCCCGUUAUUCAACAAUGUCGUCUAAAGCGAGAUGAAAAUGAAGAAUUUAUACAAGGAACUGUUGAUCAUAAAGCCAUUACAACAUUUGGUACCAAAUUGCCUGCUAAUGAUAACGCGGCUGCAACCGUAAGUGAUGCGAAUGAUGCAAAUGCCGCUGCCGCUGCUAACGCUGAUCCUGCUGGUGUGGUACCAGAUGAUAUUACCAAUUAUUAUGAUAAAAUUGAUAACGAGGAUGAAGAUGAGGAUGAAGCAAGUCUAAAUACUGUAUCAUUUGAAGUAAACCAAGAAAAAAUUGAAGUAAUUCAAAGACGUUGCAUUGAAAUUGAGCAUCCUUUACUAGCAGAAUAUGAUUUUCGUAAUGAUACAAACAAUCCAGAUAUUAAUAUAGAUUUGAAACCAACAGCAGUCCUACGUCCUUAUCAAGAGAAAAGUCUACGUAAAAUGUUCGGUAAUGGCCGCGCUCGUUCUGGUGUAAUUGUCUUACCUUGUGGAGCGGGUAAAUCGCUGGUUGGCGUGACCGCUUGUUGUACUGUACGUAAGCGAGCACUUGUUUUGUGUAACAGUGGUGUAUCUGUGGAACAAUGGAAGCAACAAUUUAAAAUGUGGUCAUCUGCUGAUGACAGUAUGAUUUGUCGGUUUACUUCCGAAGCCAAGGAUAAACCAAUGGGUUGUGGUAUACUUGUUACAACAUAUUCAAUGAUUACACAUACACAAAAACGUUCCUGGGAGGCUGAACAAACUAUGCGUUGGUUACAGGAACAGGAAUGGGGUAUAAUGGUUCUAGAUGAAGUGCAUACAAUUCCAGCAAAGAUGUUUCGUCGCGUUUUGACCAUUGUGCAGUCGCAUUGUAAAUUAGGGUUAACUGCAACACUUCUACGUGAAGAUGAUAAGAUUGCUGAUCUUAAUUUCCUCAUUGGUCCCAAACUUUAUGAAGCUAAUUGGUUAGAAUUACAGAAGAAAGGCUUUAUUGCAAGAGUGCAGUGUGCUGAGGUUUGGUGUUAUAUGUCACCUGAAUUUUAUCGCGAAUAUCUAACCACAAAAACUGCUAAGAAAAUGUUGCUUUAUGUAAUGAAUCCAUCAAAAUUCAGAGCAUGUCAGUUCCUUAUUAAGUAUCACGAAAAAAGGGGAGACAAGACUAUUGUGUUUUCAGAUAAUGUGUUUGCAUUAAAACACUAUGCAAUAAAAAUGAAUAAACCGUUUAUUUACGGCCCAACUUCUCAAAGUGAACGUAUACAAAUUCUCCAAAAUUUUAAAUUUAAUCAGAAGGUAAAUACAAUUUUUGUGUCUAAGGUUGCCGAUACAAGUUUCGAUUUGCCUGAAGCAAAUGUUUUAAUCCAAAUUUCUUCUCAUGGUGGUUCACGUCGUCAAGAAGCUCAGCGACUUGGUCGUAUUCUACGUGCUAAAAAAGGAGCCAUAGCAGAAGAAUAUAAUGCUUUCUUUUAUACACUCGUUUCGCAAGACACAUUGGAAAUGGGUUAUUCUCGCAAGCGUCAACGAUUUUUAGUUAAUCAAGGUUACAGUUAUAAAGUGAUAACACGUCUUGAAGGCAUGGACGCAGACGAUACCCUUGCUUAUAAAACACGUGAAGAGCAGGCUCAACUUUUACAGAUAGUUUUAUCUGCUUCCGACAUAGAUUGUGAGGACGAAAAAAUGCCGGGAGAACCAGGUGCACGUCCAGGAAGCAGUUCUGUAACUAAGCGUUCAGGUGGUUUGAGUUCUAUGUCAGGCGGUGAUGAUGCUAUUUACUACGAACAAAGGCGAAAAACAGGAAAUAUACAUCCUUUAUUUAAAAAAUUCCGUUAGUUUCAGUAUAACUGAGUGAAACUAUUUCUGUUUUAUAUUUAAAUUUGCGAUUAUAGAUAUAAUAAAUUUAAAA